AAUGGUCUGGCAUGCCCCCACCUUUAGUCGUUCGGAGUCCCUUUUACCAAGAGUGCAGGGCUUAGAAUAGAGAAGUUGUUCUGAUUUCCAGGAACUGUUUUCUGUCUGGCAGAACACUUGCCACUACAGCAGAAGAAAUUAGUGGAUGCCUUUCCUCUCUUUUUAGGAAGUGGCUCUCUACUCUCUUUUGGAGGAGAGCCACAGUUGUAUCGGACAAAAGCCGAGACGUUGCUAUAUUCAAGAUUUUCAGUCCAGCUCUUCUCACAGCUAAAGGCAACAUCUGGAACGAUGCAGACCUUUCUUACUAUCUGCCUCUUGGCCACCUCCGUUGCUACAGGGGCGUCUUUGUUAUGUGAGAGUUGUUCUGCAUUUGGAUAUGACUGUAAUGGGCGUUUAGAGAGCUGCCCCUCAGAUAAAGACGUGUGUCGCAUCACAGAGAUAGAAUCCUCCUCAGAAGAGUUAAGAAUUGCAGCAGUUGUGAAGAGUUGCUUCCAUUCGAGAGACUGCUCUAAACCAAUCAGUUCCAUCGAGACCGGCCUGGCAGGACUAAUUUCGACGGUAACCACCUGCUAUGUGGGAAACGAGCGUGAGAAGAUCCUCCCCAACUUGCCACCCAAGAAUACCACUCUCAAUGGGCACAAGUGUCCGACUUGCUACAAUGAAUACAGUUUUGAGUGUGCGGAGGUUGAUGCAAAAUGCACAGGAGACAACAUCUAUUGUGGGGAGAUUACUGGGACAGCAGACUGUGGAUUUCUUGAAACAUUGGCUGUGCCAUUCGUCCUGAAGGGCUGUACCAACCAAAAUGACUGCAAUCACGUGCGCGAGGUUUUAUCUUCCGAGUCUGUUGGCGUAGCCACAUGUAAGGUAGCCUCCAAGGCAUCUAGGGCCAUUCCAAGAUCAUCUCUCUUUUUCCUCCAAACCUUUUCUGGGAUCUUGCUGCUCAAGUUCCUCAACUGAUUUGCUUCAGGAAAGAGAUAUGUGGAUGCUACUUCAGAAAUCCCCUCCUACUGCCCUCUUAUGUCUGAUACAAAACAUAGAUUUUUCACACAAUGUGCUGUGGUGACCUUCCAAUUUAAAUGUCCCUCACUCUGUUUCUGGGGUUGCAUUUUGGUUAUGAUUUUUCUGCAAACCUAGCGGUUCCCCCAGGUGUCACCCCAACUUGUACGUGGCUACAUUGUGUGAUUUUUUUUAUCUGCAUGCUGGGAUUAGGUUUAGAAUUAGGCCUGCAGAUAGAAAAAAUAUAUUCUUUGUUGACGGGAGUAAUAGCUACAUGCUUCCUGUCUUUUCACUGGUGACCCCAUCUAUGUGAGCUGGAAAUCCACGUAGAGGAAGAAGGGUAUCUAUUGAUGCUGGAUAUAUCCACAGUUGGGGCAUGGGGGUCGCUGCUUCCUAAAGCUAUGAAACAAAAUGAAAUCAGUAGUUUUCUGCCUAGUGAAAACUAAAGUGAUUGUGGAUUUAAUUAUCUUAGUGCCCCCCCCCCCAAUCAUUUAUGAUAAGUGUUUUGAGAAGUUCAUUUUCCAGAAUCAUAGAGCCAGAGGAGUUGGCAUGUUAGUCUGUAGUAGCAUAUUAGUGUCAGAUUAGUGUCCAGAUUUGCCUACAGACAGCCCCCCAACCUUAAAUGACUUCUCAGUUACAACCAUGAACCGGCUAGCAGAGUCACCAGCACGGGUACCAGACCCUGCAACAGACACAGAUGCCAGCUCUGCCUCAUAUCUACCCAGAAAAUAGAAUUACAGGACCCAAUGGCAUCAACUACACUAUCUCUGGCUCUUGCAGCUGCUCAUCUUCCAACAAGCCCUCAGGUGCCAACAAUGUCCGUCUGCUCUGUACAUUGGACAAAUCAGCCAACCUCUGCGCAAAAGAAUAAAUGGACACAAAUCUGACAUUAAAAAUGGCAACAUCCAGAAACCAGUGGGAGAACACUUCAGUCUACCAGAACAUUCCUUCAAGGACUUAAAGGUCACUGUAGUUCAACAGAAACCUUUCAAAAACAGAAUCCAAUGGGAAGCUGCUGAAUUGGAAUUCGUAUGUAAAUUUGGUUCAGUCGGGCUAGGAUUGAAUUUAGACUAUGAAUGGUUAUCUCAUUAUCAUAAGUAACUGAUUUCAUUAACAGAAGCAAAUGGAUCCCAUUAUCAGAAGCUACUGAUUGCCAUCUACUCCCCCACUCCCCUGUCCCCUCUCCACCUAUAUACGUGACCAGUUUCUUCAUGCCCUCCGUGCAUCUGAUGAAGAGAACUGUGAUUCUCGAAAGCUUAUGCUACAGUAAAGUUGGUUAGUCUUAAAGGUCCUACUGGACUCUUUUCGAUUUUCCACACCUUGCUCAUACUCAAUAUAAGAAAAAUAGAAGACCUAGUAAAUGAAAGCAGCCUAAAGCACUCAAGAAGGCAUGGUGGGAAUUGUUGUCCAUUUAGAUAGCAGACAGCUUAUCUACAGGAAAUGCAAGAAUAUUGCCAAAUAAAUUCAAAAAGCAUAGUUGUAAAUGGCAGGGGGGUGGACAGACUGAAUGCCAGCUGAAGAAAUUGGGGCAUCGAGGGAAAAAUUGGAGCCUCAAUGGAUGCAAUAGUCUUCUCUCUCAUAUUUAUGCAGGGCUCAUUUUGAGGGGGAACGCACAGGAAUGCAGUUCCGGUAGUUCUCCAAAGAGGUCACGUGUCAGGUGGCCCUGCCCACCUGAUUUUCGGCCAUUUUGGGCCCAUUGCGGCCUGGAUUGAGGCCGAAACAGCCAAAAUAGGUGAUGUCAGGGGGUGUGGCAUAUGCAAAACAGUUACGCCAAUGAGACACUUUUGGUGAUAUCAAGGGGUGUGGCACAUGCUAAUGAGUUAUGCUAAUAAGUCCCUGCAGCUCUUUUUCUACGAAAUGGCCCAUGUAUUUAUGGAUUUACUUUUAUGGUAAUAAGCAUUGGGUAUUGAAUGCUAAGGCUCUCUGUAUAUUAAAUGUCUCCGAUGGAAAGGAAACUUUGAACAAAUAAUACUAUGGUUUUUUUUAAAAUGACUUUUAUUGAGUAGACUUGGGAAGAAGUUAAUUCAUCGGAAAGCUAACAAACCCAAACUGAUAGG